GUCGCAACGAAAACAGCGGGAAACAGUUGUAUCGAACAUUUCUGUAAUCAAAAUCGGGUGUGCGAUUUUCUUCCAAGUAGCCAGAACAGUCCGAGUCCGCGUAGACGCGUCACAUGUCUACGCGAAAUUUCAACGAUGAUUUAUCGCCGUGUGUAAUGACCAUCGCGUUAUCACAACCAAGUGAAUCCCGUCGUUUUUGUUUGUAUAACUGACCUGCAUCACUGUUCCGAUUUGUGCAAGUGGAUUAUAUUUUUGUUUCAUCUUUCGUUAAUUAAAAUGUUCGCGCGAGUUCUUCGUGAAAAUAUCGAAGGAUAAAAUUGACAAGAAGGAGCCAUCAAUAAGACGCUCGAAGAGACUCGUAUAAGCUUUCUGUGAGGAUGCAUCGAGUUCUUAGCUUCCAAAUGAGUCGCAUCACCAGCGAGUCCAGCGAAUAUGUAACGAAACGAUUAUGCUUCUCAUUUACCUUUUCAAUCGGCUUUUUCUGCCUCCUCUGCGGUUUUCUGUUGGGUCGUUUCGCAGUCGAGAGAUCGAUAGAGGCUCGAGUGCAAAAGACGCGCCUUGAAUUGGCGGACAAUGGUCUUCGAAAUACAGAAUACCUUCAACAACUAACGCUUCGGGAACUAGAAGAGAUAUCUUUCGACCACGACUAUGCAACAAAUUGGGAGAACUCAGAAGACGAAAUACGGCAUAUUAGCGGAUUUUUUUCCAACUUAUCAUUUAUCCACGAAGUAAUCAAUUAUACGUCAUGUAUUCGCGCAACUGUUCGCGGGUCGCGAGAACCAGAUAGAUAUGUCAUCUUAUCAGCCAACGGAGACGGUAUCACUUUAAUUCUGGAAAUGAUGCAGGUUCUGAAUAAAAUGCAUUCAACGCACGACUGGCGGCCACGACGAAGUCUGAUCUUCUGCGUGUCCCUGGUGCCUUUGGAUGUUUGUCCGCAGACUUUGUCCGAUUUUCUACGACGGAAAGUCGUAGCGUAUGUGGCGAUACAUGGUCAUUUUUUGCAAGCUGACAGAUAUGUGACUUUACCCGGAUCCGAUGUUGUGCAGUCAAUAGCUAUCGAAGCUAUCAAAACAGUUCCUGGUAAUAGUAACUGGACAUACCUUGGGCGCGAAGGAUCAGGUUCCCGCCUUUUCCUGGAUAUGCCUCAAGUGUCAUUUUCAUUCAGCGAGAGCAAUCUUACGCGAAACCAAAUUCACCACGAUCAAAAUUUACGAUUACAUGGUGUAAGUCUAAUGCAAAUGGUUAGUCAAACUAUAUGGCGACUAUCUGAGAGCAUAAUUAUGAAGUGGGAGCCAAGAUAUUUCAACGAAACCGUUAAUAAAGUAUUGGAAUCAAUUGACAAGUUUCCGAGCACUAUAGAAAAAUUGAGAAAGACGUUGAGGAUGUUACUAGCUGCCAUGGAAGAUCUCAACAUAAAAAUUGACGCAAUGGAGAAUACGCAGACAUUACAUGUAAGAAUAUGGAACGAUCUGAUUUUGGAUCUCGAUAGAGCGCUUUUAUGCCCAGACAAAAGCUUCCAUUCCAAAACCGAUUUAGCGAUUCUUCGCAAACUAUCAGUGGAAUCUACGAGCGAUACACUAAAUUACCUCGAUAAUAUGAUAAAAUGUUAUGAAGACGCUAUACAAGUUUUACAAGAAACGUAGGAGGAAAGAAGUCCGUACAGAAAUGCUUUCGCGAAAUAAGAAAUUAGAAAAUGAUAAGUUAUAGACAAGUCCUGUCUUAUCUUUAUCUAUUUGAUACAAAAUAUAUAUUCGUUGUAACAAUAUGUGUUUUUCGAUAGACCUAUCUUGGAUAUUUCAGGAAUCCAGAAUCUAUCGUGAUUCCAGUUUAUAACAUACAAUAUAUUAUAAGUAUCAAAACAAGUUCAAUUGUUAAAUUUUUUACAUUUUCAUUCGCUCGCAUAUUAUAAAAAUAAAAAUGUUUUAGUACAUGCUUCGCUUUUUGUUUUAAUACAAUUAUUAUUGUUUGUUCAUGUACAAUAAUAAUUUGGCAGAUAUAUAUAAAUUAUAUUACAUUUCUGUCCAUAUACUAGAUAUUAAAUACACACACAACAUACACACAUACAUGCAUCACAGACAAACAUACA